AUGCGUAAACUCAAGUUGAUAGUUUCUAGACUUCCAGUGCAAAAACGUGCAACGUACGGUCAGGUUGUUGAUGAGCUGACCAAGUUAAAUAUUACGACAGAUCUUGAAUUGCACAAAUGCAAUGUAGUCAAUGUCUGCAAGCAACUAGAUAUUUCUAAAGCCUUAUUACGUGCAUUCAGAAGAGAAAUCUCGUUGAUGCCAAUAUCAAGAGUAACUUUUAAAUCAUUGGUUAGACUAUCCACAGGCAAUGUGAGAAUUGACCAGAUUCUUAAAGGAGGGAUUCUGAAAGGCGAAAUAGUCGAAUUUUGUGGAGACUUGUGCGAGACAUCAAGUUUUGCUAUGCAUGUCCUGCGUCUGUUUUUACUAAGCUACCCAUCUCACAAGGCGCACCAUGUUGACACAACAGGAAGGUUUGAGACCAAGCUAAUGGAACGGAUCUUAUUAGAAUCUUCAAUAGAGAACCCAAAUGGUCUCCUGUUGAGAACGGAUUGCUCGAGAACAGUGGGAGCAAGUGAUACUAUUCAGUUGCUGGAGCAGAUUGGGGCUCUCUAUUCAAUAUCAAAAACCCCGACUGGAUUGGUUGUCUUGGAAGAUAUUUCUGCCCUAUUCUAUACGGACAGAACUCAAGUAUUGCACAUGAUACGAACUCUUAGAUGUCUUGGCAGACUUGGAAUAACUGUGAUUAUUAUUCGAGAGGGUAAUAACAGAUAUGAAUUUGGAUACAAAGAAAAUAAAUUGGAAUCUGGUAUCGAUCUUCGGGUGUUCUUUCAACAAAAUCGGACUAUAGGCAAUCAAUUUCGUGUGAGAGGUUAUAUGCCACGUGGAAUACGAUAA